AUGGAGAUGGAUGAGGCGGCGGAUGAGGUGUUCGGCAAGAACGACGAUAAAGAGGACAUCGCCAGCUCUGCCACGCUCGUGGCCCGCCGACACAUCCGCGGGUGCCGUCGACAUCAAGGAAGAGUAGUGCAUGGAUCUGGUCCAACGGGGCAGGUUACGAAAUUUAAGAAAUCCAAGGAGAGUGUCAAAGGGCACGGUCUCUUCAAGUUGUGCUGUUGUGGCAGAGAUUUUGAUUGUGAUGUGUCUCGUGCUUGUUUCUGGGCUUAUGACGAUGCAACAAAAUCUGACUGGGUUAGCGAUAGCGAUGACAGUGAUACGUUCGAUUGGGAAAGUGAUGGACUGGCUGAGCCCUUGUCGGCUUUGGCCUUGAAUAACCUUGAUGCUUCUGGCCCAUCCAUGCUGGAUGUUACUGGCUGGGCCAAGGGGAAAGCACCAUCAGCUUCUUUAGUUGAGGAAUUUGUCAGAAUGGGUUAUCCAAAGGAGAUUGUUUUGAUGGCCGUCGAGGCGAGCGGGUACAAUGAUGCAAAUGACAUACUCGAGCUACUUCUCACAUUUAAGGCACUAGUUAACUACCCAUCCAUGGAAAACAGCUUUACUUCUGGCUGCACCCCUCACGAUGUUGAGGAUGACGACGACAACGAUCUUGAUUUUGCAAAAUGGGAUGAUGGCGGCGAUGAUGCUGGUGAGAGGGCAGCCAGUUCUAAUGAUUCUAGUGAUGAGGCUGAGUCCUUGUUGGCUUCCGCCUUGAGUAACCUUGAUGCUCUUGGCCCAUCCAUGCUGGACGUUAAUGGUUGGGCCAAGGAGAAAGCACCAUCAUCUUCUUCACUCGAGGAAUAUGUCGGAAUGGGUUAUCCAAAGGAGAUGCUUUUGAAGGCUGUCAAGGCAAUUGGGUACAGUCAUGCAAAUGAAUUUCUCGACCUACUUCUCACAUUUGAGACGCUAGGUAAUUACCCUUCCAUGGGUAACUGCUUUACCCCUGGCUGCACCCCUCAUGAUGCUGCGGAUGACGAUGACAGUGAUAUUGAUUUUGAAAACUUGAAUGAUGAUGAUGAUGCUAAUGAUUCCACAAACUGGAAUGGUGAUGAUGAUGAUGAUGAUGAUAUUGAUUUCAAAAACUGGGAUGAUGAUGACGAUGGUGCUGGUGAGACGGAAGCCAAUUCUAAUGUUUCUGGUGACGAGGAUUUCGCACAAGCGAUGUUAGAAAAGGACGAGAAUAUCAAGGAUUUCGCACAAGCAAUGUUAGAAAAGGAUGCGGGGUUUCCUGAAGUUAGGGCCAAUAUGGCUUUUACCAGAGGUGGUGCGGAUGAUGCUCUUUUUGCAUUACUUGAUUCCAAGAACUUUUCUACCCGUGAGGUUACGAACAAGAUCUUCAAUUCCUUAAAAAGGAGAAAGGAAGGAAGAUUCAUGGAAGAGAGCAAGAAAAAAAGGAUGCGAUGUGGAGGUGAAGCGCAAGGAAAUUGGCUCCCCUUGAAUGGUAGCGAUGAUGAACCAAUUGUUCUUCCAAAUCCAAUGGUUGGCUUUAGCCUGCCUAAUAGCAUGGUACAGCCAGUUAAAAGAAGCCUCCCCGAACAAGCUAUUGGUCCACCUUUCUUCUACUAUGAAAAUGUGGCCCAAACCCCUAAACGCACAUGGGAUACUAUUAAAGGAGAAUUGUAUGGUGUAGAGCCAGAGUUUCUGGAUUCCAAGUACAUAUGUGCAACUGCCAGGAAAAGAGGUUACAUCCAUAAUCUCCCGAUUGAGAAUAGGUCAUCUCUCUGCCUGGAGCCUCCAAAGACUAUAUUUGAGGCGUUUCCCCAUUAUAGGAAGUGGUGGCCUUCUUGGGACUCGAGAAAGCAGCUCAACUGCCUGACGACAUGUGUGCCAAGUUCAAGGCUGACAGAACUAAUUGAGUUUGUUCUUUCAGCAGCGGAGAAUCCACCAUCUCUUCGUGUUCAAAACUAUGUUAUGGCUUUGUGCAGACAAUACAAUCUCGUGUGGGUUGGUAAAAACAGGGUUGCUCAUUUGGAGCCCCAUGAGAUGGAAUACCUACUGGGUUUUCCAAGGAAUCACACGAGGGGAGUCACCAGAACUCAGAGGUACAAAUCUCUUGGCAACUCAUUUCAAGUGGAUACAGUUACUUACCACUUGUCUGUGUUGAGGGACAUGUUUCCUGAUGGUAUAAACGUACUGUCCUUAUUCACCGGUAUUGGAGGAGGAGAGGUAGCGCUACAUAGGCUUGGAAUCCACAUGAGGAUAGUGGUUUCUGUAGAGAUAUCUAAAGUGAAUAAGAGGAUUUUGAGAAGUUGGUGGAAUCAGACUCAGACAGGCGAGUUGAUUCAGAUUCCAGACGUGAGGACUCUAACUGAUGAUAAAAUCAGGUCAUUUAUUGAAAGUAUUGGCGGCUUUGACUUGGUGAUUGGGGGCAGCCCAUGCAACAAUCUCGCUGGCAAAAAUCGGUUCCACCGUGACGGUCUAGAGGGCGAGCACUCUUCUCUAUUCUACCAGUACCCCAGAAUCUUGAACACCGUCAAGUCAGAGAUGGCGAGGAUUAAGCACUUAGCUAUAUCUCAUUGUUGCAAACCAGUCUAG